CCGGGCUGCGGGGCGCGGGGCGCGCGGGCCCAGCCAUGUCUGCGGAGGAGAUGGUGCAGAUCCGCCUGGAGGACCGUUGCUUCCCAGUGAGCAAGCGGAAGCUGAUCGAGCAGAGCGACUACUUCCGCGCGCUUUACCGCUCGGGCAUGCGGGAGGCCCUGGGCGCAGAGGCCGGGGGGCCCGAGGUGCAGCAGCUGCGCGGCCUGAGCGCCCCGGGCCUGCGGCUGGUGCUGGAGUUCAUUGACGCGGGCGGCGCCCGCGAGGGCUGGGUCCCGGGCGCGCGGGGCCCGGCGGGCGGAGGCCGGCCGGAGGAAGAGGAGGACGAGGCCGGGCUGCUGGCCGGGCUGGUGGAGGCCGCCUCCUUCCUGCAGGUCACCCCCCUGCUGCAGCGCCUGCUGUCCCACGUGCGCCUCUCCAACUGCCUGGAGCUCUACCGCCUGGCCCUGGUCUACGGCCUGCCCGACCUGCGGGACGCCUGCCUGGCCUUCAUGGCCGUCCACUUCCACCAGGUGCUGUGCCAGCCUCAGUUUCCCCUCCUGGCCCCUCCCGCGCCCGCCCCGGGGGACGUCGGCCUGAAGCAGCAGCUGCUGGAAGCCCGGAUGGCGGGGACCCCCGUCCUGGUGGCCUUGGGGGACUUCUUGGGGGGGCCCCUGGCCCCACACCCCUACCAGGGCGAACCCCCGUCCAUGCUCAGGUACGAGGAGACGACCGAGCGCUGGUUCCCCCUGGCCAGCAAUCUGCCCCCGGACCUGGAGAACGUCCGGGGCUACGGUGCCGCUGCCCUGCACAACUACCUCUUUAUCGUGGGGGGCUACCGGGCCUCCAGCCAGGAGAUCGCCGCUGCGCACUCCUACAACCCCGGCGCCAACGAGUGGCUGCAGGUGGCCUCCAUGAACCAGAAGAGGUCUAACUUCAAACUCGUGGCAGUCCAUUCCAAGCUCUAUGCCAUUGGUGGGCAGGCCACAUCCAAUGUGGAGUGUUACAGCCCGGAGCAGGAUGCCUGGAAUUUUGUGGCACCCUUACCAAACCCUCUGGCUGAGUUCUCCGCAUGUGAGUGUAAAGGGAAGAUUUACGUCAUUGGAGGCUACACCACCAGAGACCGCAACAUGCAUGUCCUGCAGUACUGCCCGGUAUCCGAUGUGUGGACACUCUUCGAGACCUGCGGUGUCCACGUUCGCAAGCAGCAGAUGGUGUCUGUGGAGGAGACCAUUUACAUGGUGGGGGGCUGCCUCCAUGAGUUCGGGCCCGGCCGGAGGAGCGGCCAGAGCCAGGACAUGCUGACAGUGCAGGCCUACAACACGGCUACCCGGCAAUGGCUCCACCUCAAGGAGAACACAUCCAAGUCGGGCCUGAACCUGACCUGUGCGCUGCAUAAUGACGGCAUCUACAUCAUGAGCAGGGACGUGACUCUGUCCACCAGCCUGGAGCACCGCGUCUUCCUCAAGUACAAUGUCUUCUCCCACAGCUGGGAGGCCUUCCGCCGCUUCCCCGCCUUCGGACACAACCUGCUCCUCUCUUCGCUCUACCUGCCCAGCACGGCCCGGACGUGAUGCACGCACGCAUGCACGCACGCAUGCACGCAUGGAUGGAUGGAUGA